AUAGAACAAAGAAAAGUAGGAACCCACCCCUCCGUUUCCAGUCAUCGGAGCCUAAGUCCAGCCUCUUUCUCAAGUAAUUAGCAAUGACAGUGUCGAUGCCCUCGCGAACUAAUGUGCCCGUUGAGAAGAUCGCACUGCAAAAAAUUGCAAAAUAUUUCAAAGAGCCAGGAUGGUGCAGGAUCCAGAGAUCGUCGGCCGGGAGCGGCUUGCUGAAUUAAAAUACUAUUUUGCGACCGAGUACGGCUUCUUAGCGGAAAAGCAAAUCCAAGACACCGUCAUUUACCGCCGCGUCGACCAACACAACGUAGUUGAAAGAGUUGUCGUUAAGUUUCCAAAGGGAGACCGAUGGCAGGAAGAGCUUGACGUAGAAGCAGGUGUACUUGUCAAACAAUGGGGAUCCGAGCACAACUGUCGGAUCUUGGCUGUUUCCCAUAUAGAGUACGGAAAAUACAGAGAGCCCUGGAACAGACAUCAUUCAAAUCCUCCUCCCAUCUUACCAUGGCGGCUGCGGACUGACCCACAAGUCUAUGGCAAGACCUUGGAUUUUUCAUUUAUUGUGAUAGAGUACCUCGCUCGGGGCACUGGGUGCGUAAGAGUCCCAAUCGUUGCCCUCGACUAUACAAUAUGGAUAGGAAGGUCUCGUUAUCGCCCAGGAAAGUAA